CCUGCCCCUCUGGAGAGAGUCCUAGGAUUCCUGGGGGAGCACAAGUUACCCUCCAUUGCCAAAUGGGUUCUGUACUCCUAGGAUCCUCGAUUUAGAACUGGAAGAAAUCUGAGAAUCCAUCCACCCUCAUUUUACAGACUGGGAAACUGAGGCAGGGAGCAGCAGAGAGUCUUGGCCGGCCAGGUCACUAGCUAGUGAGUCUGAAGCAGUAUUUGAACCCAUGUCUCCCUGGCUCCAAAUCCAUUGCUCUGUCCAGUACACCAUGCUGUCUCCAUUCCUCUGUCUUCAGAUAAAGCACCACAACCAAACCAGCCCAGUCGGUUGGGUGUGCCUCCUCUUGAUCAGAAUAUAACAUCUGCAACUGGGAGGAGAAUUCUUUGAGGAGGUUAAACCCCAUUCCUUCUUGCUCCAUGCCUCUUGCUAGGAACAAUAACAGUCAAAGGGACAGUUCUUUGGGGUUCUUCAUGACUCCAAUUGGGGUUUUCUUGGCAGAGAAACUGGAGUGGAUUGCCAUUUCCUUUCCCAGCUCAUUUUAUGGAUGAGGAAACUGAGGUAAAGAGGGUUUAGGGUUUUCUUGGCAGAGAAACUGGAGUGGAUUGCCAUUUCCUUUCCCAGCUCAUUUUAUGGAUGAGGAAACUGAGGUAAAGAGGGUUUAGGGUCUUCUUGGCAGAGAAACUGGAGUGGAUUGCCAUUUCCUUUUCCAGCUUACUUUAUGGAUGAGGAAACUGAGGUAAAGAGGGUUUAGGGUCUUCUUGGCAGAGAAACUGGAGUGGAUUGCCAUUUCCUUUUCCAGCUCAUUUUAUGGAUGAGGAAACUGAGGUAAAGAGGGUUUAGGGUCUUCUUGGCAGAGAAACUGGAGUGGAUUGCCAUUUCCUUUUCCAGCUUACUUUAUGGAUGAGGAAACUGAGGUAAAGAGGGUUUAGGGUCUUCUUGGCAGAGAAACUGGAGUGGAUUGCCAUUUCCUUUUCCAGCUCAUUUUAUGGAUGAGGAAACUGAGGUAAAGAGGGUUUAGGGUCUUCUUGGCAGAGAAACUGGAGUGGAUUGCCAUUUCCUUUCCCAGCUCAUUUUAUGGAUGAGGAAACUGAGGUAAAGAGGGUUUAGGGUCUUCUUGGCAGAGAAACUGGAGUGGAUUGCCAUUUCCUUUCCCAGCUCAUUUUAUGGAUGAGGAAACUGAGGUAAAGAGGGUUUAGGGUCUUCUUGGCAGAGAAACUGGAGUGGAUUGCCAUUUCCUUUUCCAGCUUACUUUAUGGAUGAGGAAACUGAGGUAAAGAGGGUUUAGGGUCUUCUUGGCAGAGAAACUGGAGUGGAUUGCCAUUUCCUUUUCCAGCUUACUUUAUGGAUGAGGAAACUGAGGUAAAGAGGGUUUAGGGUCUUCUUGGCAGAGAAACUGGAGUGGAUUGCCAUUUCCUUUUCCAGCUCAUUUUAUGGAUGAGGAAACUGAGGUAAAGAGGGUUUAGGGUCUUCUUGGCAGAGAAACUGGAGUGGAUUGCCAUUUCCUUUUCCAGCUCAUUUUAUGGAUGAGGAAACUGAGGUAAAGAGGGUUUAGGGUCUUCUUGGCAGAGAAACUGGAGUGGAUUGCCAUUUCCUUUUCCAGCUUACUUUAUGGAUGAGGAAACUGAGGUAAAGAGGGUUUAGGGUCUUCUUGGCAGAGAAACUGGAGUGGAUUGCCAUUUCCUUUUCCAGCUCAUUUUAUGGAUGAGGAAACUGAGGUAAAGAGGGGUUAGGGUCUUCUUGGCAGAGAAACUGGAGUGGAUUGCCAUUUCCUUUCCCAGCUCAUUUUAUGGAUGAGGAAACUGAGGUAAAGAGGGGUUAGGGUCUUCUUGGCAGAGAAACUGGAGUGGAUUGCCAUUUCCUUUCCCAGCUCAUUUUGUGGAUGAGGAAACUGAGGUAAAGAGGGUUUAGGGUCUUCUUGGCAGAGAAACUGGAGUGGAUUGCCAUUUCCUUUUCCAGCUCAUUUUAUGAAUGAGGAAACUGAGGUAAAGAGGGUUUAGGGUCUUCUUGGCAGAGAAACUGGAGUGGAUUGCCAUUUCCUUUCCCAGCUCAUUUUAUGGAUGAGGAAACUGAGGUAAAGAGGGUUUAGGGUCUUCUUGGCAGAGAAACUGGAGUGGAUUGCCAUUUCCUUUCCCAGCUCAUUUUAUGGAUGAGGAAACUGAGGCUCUGGUAUGGCGGCCAAUGUCUGUAAGAAGAUCACGUCCCAGCUCACGGGAGCCAUUGGGAAGCAAGAGGAUGUGUCUGUGCAGCUGGAGGCUCUGGACAUCUUGUCGGAUAUGCUGAGCAGGUUGGGCGGGUCCCUGUUCUCCUUCCACGCGUCCAUCCUGCACAGCCUGGUCCCGCAGCUCACCAGCCCCCGCCUGGCAGUGCGCAAGCGGGCCAUCGUCGCCUUGAGCCACCUGGUCCUGACCUGCAGCGCCAGCCUGUUCUCGGAGCUCAUGGAGCAGCUGCUGGCCGAGCUGGAGGGGGAGGCGUCCGUCUCCACCACCCGGACCUACAUCCAGUGUAUUGGAGGCAUCGGCAGGCAGGCCGGCCACCGUGUCGGUGCCCACCUACCAAGGAUUGUCCCUUUAGUGGUCAAGUUCUGUGCUGUGGAGGAUGAUGAGCUCCGAGAAUACUGCUUCCAAGGCUUUGAGUCCUUUGUGAGGAGGUGCCCCAAGGAGAUGGGACCCUACAUUCCCAGCGUGACCAACCUCUGCCUGAAGUACUUGACUCAUGACCCCAAUUAUAACUACGACAGUGAUGAAGACGAGAUGAUGGAGACCGAGGAUGGAGAAGAAGAUGAACAAGAAAGCGAUGAUGAGUACAGCGACGAUGACGACAUGAGUUGGAAAGUCCGAAGAGCUGCGGCCAAGUGUGUGGCCGCCAUCAUUAGCACCAGGCAUGACUUGCUGCAGGACUUCUACCAGGUCCUUUCUCCAGUCCUGAUCAGCAGGUUCAAGGAACGGGAGGAGAACGUCAAGGCCGACAUCUUUGGGGCCUACAUCUCACUGCUGAGACAGACGCAUCCUGGGCAAAGCUGGCUCCAUAGCUCUGAGGUGGGCAACGAGGAGAACAUUCCUCUCACCAUGUUGCAGAACCAGGUGCCCCAUAUUGUCAAGGCUCUUCAGAGACAGCUCAAGGAUCGGAGUGUCAAGUCUCGCCAGGGUUGCUUCAGCGUCCUCACAGAACUAGCUGGAGUCUUACCUGGGAGCCUGGCUGAGCAUAUUCCUGCCUUGGUUCCAGGCAUUAUCUUCUCCCUGACAGACAGGGCCAGCUCUUCUAACAUGCGGAUUGAUACUUUGGCUUUCCUGAAUGUCCUCUUGUGCACCCACCCUCCUGAAGCCUUCCAUGCCCACCUGCCAGUCCUGCUGCCCCCGGUGGUGGCCUGUGUAUCUGACCCCUUCUAUAAGAUCACCUCGGAGGCCUUGCUGGUGACCCAGCAGUUGGUGAAGGUCCUGCGGCCCCUAGACCGCCCCUUGACCUUGGACCCCCAACCCUACGUUGGGGAGAUAUUCGCUGCCACCCUCACAAGACUGAAGGCAGCCGACCUGGACCAGGAGGUGAAGGAACGAGCCAUCGCCUGCAUGGGCCACAUCUUGGCGCACCUGAGAGACUGGCUGGGGGCUGAGCUGAAGCCCACCCUCAUCAUUUUCCUGGAGCGCCUAAAGAACGAGAUCACCCGGCUGCCCACAGUCAAGACCCUGACUCUGGUGGCAGGAUCCCCGCUCCGGGUUGACCUGCAGCCCAUCAUCAUUGACGCUUUGCCCAUCUUGGCCUCCUUCCUCCGGAAGAAUCAGCGGGCCCUGAAGCUGGCCACCCUGGCAGCACUCGAUGUCCUAGCCCGGAAUUACCGCACAGCCCUCCAGCCCGCCAGUAUCGACACGGUGCUGGCUGAGAUUCCGCCCCUCAUUGGGGAGAAUGACAUGCACGUGGCCCAGGUCGCUGUGGGCUUCCUGACCACCCUGGCCCAGGCGCACCCCUCCUCCCUGGCCAAGGCCAGCAGCCCCGUCCUCGCUGAAGUCCUGCAGCUGGUUUACUCACCUCUGUUGCAGACCGGGGCGCUGACGGCCAUCACAGGCUUCUUCCAGGCCCUGAUGGGGACGCGGGCCCCAGGCCUGUCCUACGGAGAACUGAAACAGCAGCUGACGGGCCCCAUCUACAAGGCGGGCCCGGACUCCCCUCCCCUCCACAAGCAGGCGCACCACUCGGUGGCCAAGUGCUUGGCGGCCUUGGUGGUGGCCUGUCCCCAGGAGGCGGCAGGCACGGUGGGCCAGUUCGUUCGGGACGCCCAGGCUCCCCGCUCCAGCCCGGGGGUCAAGGUCCUGGCCUUCCUGGCGCUGGCCGAGAUGGGCCAGGUGGUGGCUGGGAUGGGGUCCCAGCGGGAGCUGAAAACGGUCCUGCUGGAAGCUUUCUCGUCGCCCAGUGAGGAGGUGAGGUCGGCGGCCUCCUACACCCUGGGCUGCGUGGGGGCCCGGAACCUGCCCGAGUACCUGCCCUUCUUGCUCGGGGAGAUCGGGAGCCAGCCCAGGAGGCAGUACCUGCUGCUGCACUCACUGAAGGAGACCAUAGGGGCCGCCCCUGCGGAAGGCCUCAAGCCCUACGUGGAGGACAUCUGGGCCCUGCUCUUCAGGCACUGUGAGUGCAGCGAGGAGGGCACGCGCAACGUGGUGGCCGAGUGCCUGGGGAAGCUGGCCCUGGUGAACCCUUCCCAGCUGCUGCCCCAGCUGCAGAAGCAGCUCCUCGCAGGUUCACCACAUGCCCGGAGCACUGUCGUUACCGCCAUUAAAUUCACCAUCUCAGACCAGCCCCAGCCCGUUGACAUCCUCCUGAAGGACUGCAUCGGAGAUUUCUUAAAAACUCUUCAGGACUCAGAUUUAAAUGUCCGACGAGUGGCUCUGGCCUUAUUCAAUUCUGCUGCUCACAACAAGCCCUCCCUCAUUCGAGACUUUCUGGACAACACACUUCCUCACUUGUACAAUGAGACCAAGGUCCGAAAGGAGCUUAUUCGAGAGGUAGAAAUGGGGCCCUUCAAACACACAGUGGACGAUGGGCUGGAUGUCAGGAAAGCUGCCUUUGAAUGCAUGUACACGCUCCUGGAGAGUUGCCUGGACCGACUGGACAUCUAUGAGUAUUUAAACCAUGUGGAAGAUGGACUCAAGGAUCACUAUGACAUCAGGAUGCUCACUUUCAUCAUGCUGGCCCGGCUGUCCGCUCUGUGUCCCAACACCGUCCUGCAGAGGCUGGAUCGCCUGGUGGAACCGCUGCGAGCCACCUGUACCUCCAAGGUAAAAGCUGGUUCCGUCAAACAAGAAUUUGAAAAGCAAGAUGAACUCAAGCGCUCAGCUAUGAGAGCCGUGGCCGCCUUACUGACUAUUCCAGAGGUGGAAAAAAGCCCAGUGAUGGCAGAAUUCUCUUCCCAAAUUAGAUCCAACCCUGAAAUGGCAGCUCUUUUUGAAAGCAUUCAGAAGGACUCUGCUUCCUUGUACGCUCCCGAGUCAAUGGACUUGAGUUAAUGGCCUCAGUUUUUCUCCUCAAAUAUAAACCCUCUAUUAGUGCAACGGAUUCCUAAUGAGCAAGAUGAGGAAUAACUAAAUGACCCCAACUCAGUCAGAGCCUUCAUCUACUAGUCUGGGGCACACCCACUAGUCUUUGGUCGUGGCCUCCAUUGGAGAUCUCGGUGCCCCAAAUGGUGCUAUUCCAGGUCUUUCUCCAGUGACCUCAAUCUGAUGGCACAGUGACCAGAGCUGAAGGGUCAAGCAGAAUGCCAUGGUGUAACUAGGCCCCUUCAGUUCAAGGCCAAGUUUCAGACUAUUAAGCAGGGCCACUAGGAAAAAAAAUACUUCUGAAAGAUUUUGUUUCUAUAUCGCACAUUAUCUGAAAUGUUCUCGUUCCUUUUAGAUACUUAGUGGAUCUCUGAGUAGAAGUCACUGUGAAAAGCAAGGUUAACUUGAGGGAGCUUCUAAGGGGAGAGAAGCCCUUCCUGUGCCUAUAUUGCUUGAAAUGUUUCAGCUUCAUAAAAGACUCAAUUAGGUUUAUAGUAUUCCAUAACAAAUUAAAUAUACCCUAGCUGUGUGACUCUGGGCACGUCAGUUGACCCCAAUUAAGUAAUUCAUAAUCAAGGAUGAAUUGGCUUUGAAAACCUCUAUUCUCCUCACAUAUAACCCAUUUUCCCCAGAUUCUGAUUGUACUGAUUAUAUCAACAGCUGAUCAAACACAGGACAGCUUCGAUCUGGAGCCUGUAAUUAGAAUCACGCCCCACCUCGGCAACAGUUCGCUCUUACUUAAGGGGCUAGCUUCCUAAUCCUAAAUAAGAAUUAUUUUACAAAUGAAGUAGUAAGAAGUUUAAAGACUAGUCAAGGUCACUUGGAUCUAAUCCUGGAUCUGAUGGGAGAACUGAAGGCAGCAUUUAAGAAUGUAGGGUUCUCAGGAAAUAGGGCAGAGGGGAAGGGAGAAGUAGGAUUCCUACACUCAAGACUCCUAGCACUGGGACACAGUGGCUGGCUAGAUUAGGAAUUAAAUCCUGCCAGAUUUGUGGUGGGAUCAAGCUGGUUGUCUUUUAUAAGCACCCUGUAUUGGUUACAACUAUUGCCCCCCCCCCCCCAUGCUCCCUUCCAGAUGGCAAUGUUUCUAAGAAGCUUGUUUUCAGGAAAAGUUAUUUCAUCACCUCAAAACAGGGUCCUAAUGACUAAGCUUUAUUUACUAUUUUUCUAUCCCCAGGACUCUCCUCAGUGGAGUCAGGGAUGCCCUCUUUUGAGGCCUAUUCUGAGUUUAAUAUUUAUAAUUUGGGGUGCUGGGUUUCUAUCUGUUUGACAGACAAUAAAUAAAAAGUAGCCUAUC